AUGACGUGCAUUACCGGCUUCUACGAAGGUCGCUAUGUGGAGGUCCGUUGGGACCCAGCAGACUUCUGGCACUAUUGGAAGAUGCCGGGGGACAUGCAGAUCCCGGCCAGGUUUGGGCUAUGCAUCCCCAAGGGCCGGUGCAAGGAGUGGGCGGUGAAGUGGCUGCUGGCACCUUUGCUGUGGGUCUACAAGCACAACGAUGGCCCUGACAAGGUGAAUCACCACGAAGUCUUUCACCGCGCGGAGCUUCUGGCGAGAUCGACGCGGCCACCCGGCCGGCCCACCCUGGUGCAGGGCACGCUGCACAAGGAGCAGAUCUACGACCGGGCGAUGCGGGAGCUGGAGCAGGCGGUGGACCGCACUUCGAAGACCAGCGGGUUGCUGUGCAUCGUGGGCCACCUGCGGAGCUUCGGGGAGGAGGUGGUGCAUCAAAGUCUCCGGAAGAAUGUCAUCGACGCGCUGGGCUUCUCAGAGCAGCGCACGGUGCUGGUGACCGAGUUCGGGCGCCACACGCCGCAAGAGGAGCAGAGCCAGAACCCCUGGCGCAGCUGGGCGGAGAUGGCGCCGGCGCUGGAAGCUGUGGCGAUGUGGUCGUGAACGUGCCUGUGCAGGUGGAAGGACAUCCGCCGGGCCGCCGCUGCCACGCCAAGUACCCCAUGGCAUGCAAUGCCCAGUGGCGGCGCCUGGAGCUGUGCCAAGAGCAGCUGCUGAGCUUUGAGCUGCAACGUGGAGCGCCAGUGGACUGGGUGGUGCGAUUGCGCACAGACAUGAUCUUCAGCAUUGCUUUGGGUGACAUUCGCACCUUCGACCCUGAGCGUGUGCACUUGCCAGUGGGCAGCUGGACGGAUGCCCACGAUACUUUUGCCAUCAUUCCUCGUCGGUAUGCUGAUGUAUACUUCGGUACGCGGCACUAUGCGGGCACAGACUUCUGCUGGGUCUCGCCCAGAAAGGACAUCAGGUCGGAUGAUUGCUGCCACCGGCUGAAGCUCCAGCUCCUGAAGCACCAGGUCCCAGUGCAGCGCUUCGCGCUGCUCUGGCAGCCCUGGGAG